AUGAGCGUGCUGGGGACUCUCCUGGACAAGCGUUUUCAUAUUUGGACGCGAAUCUGGUGGUUCAAGUCGCUCUCCCUGCUGCUCCCACUUCUGACAUUGAUCCUUCUGGGACUAACAAUACGCCUGGUCAGGUUCGAGUCGCGGCCCUACCAGCGCAACGUCACUUACAAGGCAGCCGCGGUGUUCGACAGAUCGUACGGAUUUGUGGAAGGGGACGGCUCGCAGAACCAUUUUCUCAGCGACUUCAUGCGCCCGGUUCUGGUGGAGAACGGCGUUAACCUGUUUGUCGUUAACGGCACCUCCAUGGAGCGUGAGCUUCUGCUGAUGGCUGACGAAGAUAUUAAUGUCUACAUCUUCGAAUACCAGUACGGGGUCAGCCUUCACAAGAACGACAGGGUGUUCCUUUGGUACAACGGCCAGUGCCCCCACAGCGGCCCCCUGGUGGUCAACAUGUACCACACGGCACUCCUCCGCAGCGUGUCCGGCGAAAGCCGGUCCACGAUCACCCUGGUAAACUCUCCCCUGCUCGACGAUGACUCCGUCCAGCGGGCCAUCUUCGAAAGCCAGUACGGCAAGCUGGCCUCGGAUCGGAUCGACGACACAUUCUUCAGGCAGAACACCUUGUCCCGAGCUCUGAACUCGUUCUUCGUGUCCCUGGCGAUGGGCUUCUACUCGGCCUGUCACCUUGUGGAGCCGAUCGGCGAGCGGCUGAGCGGCUUCAAGCACCUGCAGUUGAUGACGGGGAUGUCUGGUUCGCUCUACUGGAUCGGCCAUCUGCUCUUCGACGGCGCCGGGGCCAUGGUCAGCUCGUGCGUCUUCAUGGUGGCAUUUAUUUUCAGUCACGACACGCUUCCCGGGACGUACUGGGCGGCCAUGUGGCUUCUGAUGCUCGCCUACUGCUUCGCCAUGUUGCCGCUCAUCUACCUGUGCACGAUGAUGUUCUCGGAGUCGGACAGAGCCUACUUUGUCCUGGCACUGACCUUCAUGCUCGCUGGCAUCGUGGGAUCUCUGACUGUGGAACUGUUCGACCUGUUGGCCGCGUACGCGCCGUCGUUCCUGAUGACGGUGGCGAUCGUGUCCUUGGGGUUUCUGUGCCGCUGGUUCCCCACGUACUCCUUCUCGCGAGGCAUCGUGAAGCUGGUCCUGCUGGCCAGGUACAACGCCGUCUGCACCACGGGCGGGGAACUGCUCAAGGCUGCCUGCAGUGACGGCACCCUCUCCACCGACGACAGGAUCAUGCCCUGCUGCGAAGGUGCCUAG